GCAAACAAGCGAUUGUUUCGCGACUAUUUGCUGCGAUUCAACUGAGAAUCUUCUCGUUGCAAUUCAUCAGUACUCAAGCGUCUUAUAGGCCACGUAUAAUAUGGCGUUGACUGGAAACUAAUUGACGGAAAUUAACAUUGAAGACAGCCGGUAAUAUUAUAACAUGAACGUCGCAUCCUCAGGUCUCUCCGAGGCCGUCGUUGAGACGUAUUUAGAUAAAAAUACGGCCUUCGCUCGUCAGUAUUUUGCUGGAAAGUAUCCACACGCCGUGUCGCAUGUUGUUCUUGAAUCAACUGGAGUGAUGAAUUCUCCCACCUCGGCUGUCAAAAAUCCAAGCAAACACGGUCAGGUGUUAAAACCCAUGCGAGGCUCGGUGUCUAUCAUGAGUCCUGAGAAAGUGCGUGAGAUUUUUGAUCCAGAAACAUCACCAGAGCCAGGGAAGCUUUCGUUUGACUCGAGAAACGUAACCCCAACGCGUGCGGAUAUCCGAAGCCUUGACGAGAGGGAAUUGUUGAUGGAACUGAUUCGUGAAAUCUCAAACGAACUCGAUGUUCAACGAUUAAGUCAUAAAAUCCUCGUAAAUAUUGGGAUUCUGACCAACGCUGAUCGUUGUUCGUUGUUCCUAGCUGAAGGCUCGAAGGACAAUCGUUUCUUGGUAUCAAAGUUAUUCGAUGUCACUUCGGAAUCCACGCUGGAAAGCACGUUGCGAGAGAACGAUGAUCGUGUCUACACUGUCCCCUUCGGGGUCGGGAUCGCGGGAUAUGCUGCGUUAACGGGAGAGACUGUUAACAUCAGGAACGCAUAUGAGGAUCCAAGAUUCAACUCGUCCAUCGAUAAAGAAACGGGUUACAAAACGCACAGCAUUGUUUGUAUCCCAAUAAAAAACAGAGAAGGCCAGGUCAUUGGCGUCGCUCAAGUCAUCAACAAGAAAUGUGAAGAUCAUGAAUUUUCAGAGAAAGAUGUAGAGGUAGUCAAGAAUUAUCUGACUUUUUGCGGAAUUGGAAUAACAAAUGCUCAGCUAUUUGAACUGUCAGUCAUGGAGUACAGACGGAAUCAGGUGUUGCUUCAAUUGGCUAAGAGGAUCUUUGAAGAACAAACGAGUUUGGAUAAAGUUGUUCAUAAUAUAAUGUUGGAAUCUCAAGAACUUUUGCAUUGUGAAAGAUGUUCCGUUUCGUUAGUUGAUAGUUCUGUUGAAAACGAGAUCGUCUUUUCAAAGUCGUUUAAUUUGCUACCAGAAGGCGCGAAGGACGAAUGUUCAGCGUCUGAUAAUCAUUGGUCCUUGAGUAAUGGAAUCGCUAAGUUUGCUGCCACGUCAGGCGAGACUAUCAACAUCAGUGAUGCUUAUCAAGACGAUAGAUUCAGUGAGAAAGUUAAAGAGUCAGAUGCUGUGACCGGGUUUCAUACGAAGUCGGUCUUGUGCACACCAAUCAAGAGAAACCAACAAACAAUUGGCGUUUGUCAGUUAAUAAACAAAACAGAUGGUCGACCAUUUGACGAGAAUGAUGAAAGUUUAUUUGAGGGAUUUGCAAUAUUCUGUGGGAUUGGAAUUCAUAAUACAAACAUGUAUGAGAAGACGUCUAAAUUAUUGGCAAAACAAAUGGUUGCAAUGGAGGUUUUAUCUUACCACGCUCGUGCCGCUCCAGAAGAUGUCAAACGAUUGAUGAACUCUCCUGUUCUUCAUUCAGAUGAAUUCAAACUUCACGACUUCUCCUUCAGUGAUUUCCAGCUAAGCGACGAUGAAACCAUUCAAGCCUCCUUAAGGAUGUUCUUAGAUUUAAACAUUUUGGAUCGCUUUCACAUUUCAUCAAAGACGUUUAUCAGUUGGUUGCUGAGCGUCAAGAAGAACUAUCGUCCUGUUAUUUAUCACAACUGGCGACACGCUUUCAAUGUUACGCAAACCAUGUUUGUUAUGCUAACGACGGGAACGAUGAGAAAACACUUCUCGGAUUUAGAGGCUUUUGCCCUUCUUGUGGCGUGUCUUUGUCACGAUCUUGACCACAGAGGAACAAACAACACAUUUCAGUCGAAAAUUGAGUCACCUUUAGCACAGUUGUAUGGAACGUCGACGAUGGAACAUCACCAUUUUGAUCAUUGCAUCAUGAUUUUAAAUAGUGAGGGAAACAACAUCUUCUCGGAGCUGCCACCAGAUGAUUAUCGAAAAGCAAUUGAAUAUCUCGAACAUGCGAUUUUAUCCACAGAUUUGCAAAUCUAUUUCAAAAAACGAGAUCAUUUCACCAAAAUUCUUGAAGAAGAUGAGCAACCAGAAUGGGGACGUAACGAUCAGAACCGAAGUAUUUUGAGGGCAAUGAUGAUGACAGCCUGCGACGUCUCCGCCAUCACCAAACCUUGGCCUAUUCAACAGACCGUUGCCAAGCUGGUCGCCAGCGAGUUCUUUGAACAAGGAGAUAUCGAGAGAGACAAAUUGAAAAGUGAACCUAUGCCGAUGAUGGACCGUAAGAAGAAGGAUGAUCUUCCUAAAAUGCAAGUUGGUUUCAUAGACGCCAUUUGUUUACCAAUAUACAAGCUUAUGGCAAUGAUGGAGCCGAAUCUUUCUCCAUUGCUUGAUGGCGUCACAAGCAAUCGUCAAAAUUGGCAGGCCUUGGCUGAUGAUGUCACACACAACGUUGAAGAAACAACAGAUAGCUUGGAUGGUCUUACGACUUCCCAACAGAAGGAAAUACCUGAAAUAAACAAUAACAGCCAAAGACAAGGAAACUCAGAACUAUUAGACGAAGAAACACCACAUCAUAACAACACCAAUCUCGCCUUGGAGACGAAAUCGUUUUCGCCUCGUAGUAGCUGUGUUGAAAUAACUGCAGAGAAUCCUAAAGGAAGCAAGAAUGUUGUUAAUGAUUCAAAGAAGAAAAAGUCUUCAAAGACGACUUCAAAAACAUGUUGUCUGCUAUAACAUGUUGUAAUAGUUACUUCACUUGUACAUUUUGUAUAUUUUUGUAAAAAUUGUUCUUAAUCCAUAUUUUUACACGUGUAUAUAUAAAUCUGAUAGUUUGAACGAGACAGGUAUCAGAUCUACCAGGUAUGUACAGUAUUGGAUGCGUUUACGGCCGUAAACUUGCGUCUUUUUAGGGAAAAGGAUGCAUUAUAGUAGAUAAUCAUCGUAGAACAUUCCGAAGUAUAAGGAAACGUUCCAAAAUGUGGCAAAAAAGUUCGAAAAUGUAGCAACAAGCAUUCCAGAAUGUAUCAAAGUUAUAUGUUGCAAAAA